AGUGAAAAGGGCAAUGAAUAGAAAAAUAAACAAGGCUCGCAUCACGAACUAGAUCUUGGCAGGUUCUACGUAUUUCAUUUCGCCAGAUGAACUCCUAUCCUAUCCUAUUCCAUGACAUCAGCACUGUGUUGCCGGUCGUCGUUGGUUCAUAUACUACAACAAGAAGAAAGGAAAAAAGAUGCCUGAGCGAGUAGAAGAUCUCCAGACUGAGCAUGAAGACAGAAGUGGAGCUCAUAAAGGUUUGCCUGACAUCUGGGAGCUUAAAGGCGAGUAUUACCAAGUUCUCGGCCAUGCCUGGGACCAUGAGGUGAAGGAUUUCAAGGUCAUUUAUCGACCACUGUAUCAUUGCACCGCUAAGCCUGAUAGAUUCCAAGCCCAUUACAUGGCCGCAUCUCAUUUUAGCCGAUGGGAAAGCAAGUUCAACAAAGUGUUGUUAUCCACGUGGGAAGACUUCGAGACUUUCAUACCACCAGAAGUGCGGAAGUUAGUGUUGCCAGGACCUUUCUGGGUGGAUCCUGAGUGGACAAAAGAGAACGGUUUCGCGGAAAGAACGAAGGAACGAAGCAGGGAGAUGAAGAGCAGAGGUGAAAUAGAUAGUACGAAUGAAGAUAAAUGCACUUUAGGUACCCGAACACAUGAAAUGAAAGACUUUCAUGUUGACACAUGAAGAAAUCGUAGCUUUCAAACACUCAAGUUGAAGAUAUGAUCAGCUUUCUGCACUACAACCUGUUGAACAAAAGAUGCAGAGCAAAUGAAAAUUCAAUUCAGGUCUCGGACCAGCCGCCGAGUGGAAAAAUGUUUAUGUGACUCCAGGCAGGUUUGGGUUUCUAACCACAUCUGUUUACUCUUCAAGACUGAUGUUGUUUUAUAGAUACAAAAGGCCUAGACACCAGGCACUUCUUCACUCGCACAUGAAAGUAGAACUACCUACAAAAAUAGCUCCGACGUAUGCCCUUGCCCUUCCCUCACUGCUGUCACUUCAAAAUCCAAAUAGGUGGAAAAGAUAGUACGCGAUGUACGUUUUUAGUUGAAAAGUGCAGUGGCUGUGGCUUAGACGAACAAAAUGAAAGUGGGUUUAGAAGUGCAUCACCCCAAGGACCCUUUUUCCUAUAUUUAUCCGAGGUUGAUAAAACCACGCAUCUAAAAAGAACACAUUUUUCAGGAGGAGGAAAAUCAAAAUUUUUAGUUCGAGG